AAAAGAUGGAGAGAGAGAGAGAGAGAGAGAGAGAGCUUAGAGCAGUAAGAAGGGACAACAUAGGGAAGGAAAUGUCUGGGUGUUGUAGGGGACGAUAGCAGCAUUUGGUCUCUGAGAAACUUAACAACUCUUCAAAGUCUUCAAACCCCAUGUUUUUUGUAACAUUUUAGAUCACUGUUUCUGCUGCUUUUUUCCUCAUCGGCCACUUUCUCUCUCUCCCUACUUUUUCCGGCCUCUUUCGCCGGAAUCCGUCAGCCUUGUGCCGAUACUAUUUUCUGACCCUGGAAAUCAAGUUUUUAUCUUUACUAUUACGAUUGUUUUGACUUGCUAAACGAGCUGAUCUGAGCUGAGCUCACCAGCAACCCCUUGCUUGUCUUCUUCAAGCAAAUCAGGGAUGAAGAGCUGAAAAGUUUAGAUUUUUGUUGUCUGAAAGUUGGAAGGGGGGGAAAACGCAAUGAAGAUGCCGGCAAACGGAGCAGGGGCUGCAGCUAACGUGGCGGCUCCAAGUGCUGCUGAAGGUGGAGCACCGGAGAAGAAAAGCAUCAACCCGGAGCUAUGGCAGGCGUGUGCUGGGCCGCUGGUGAACUUGCCGGCGGCCGGGACCCAUGUUGUCUACUUCCCUCAAGGCCACAGCGAACAGGUCGCAGCAUCUAUGAAGAAAGAUGUGGAUGCUCAAAUCCCAAACUACCCAAAUCUUCCCUCAAAGCUAUUAUGUCUCCUCCACAAUGUCACGUUGCAUGCAGACCCAGAGACAGAUGAAGUCUAUGCUCAGAUGACCCUCCAACCCGUUUCUGCUUUUGAUAAAGAGGCUUUAUUGAGGUCAGAUCUUUCUCUUAAGGCAAAUAAACCACAACCGGAAUUCUUCUGUAAAACGUUGACAGCAAGUGACACAAGCACUCAUGGAGGUUUUUCUGUUCCUCGCCGUGCUGCUGAAAAAAUUUUCCCUCCUCUUGAUUUCUCAAUGCAACCACCUGCUCAAGAACUUGUGGCAAGGGAUCUGCAUGACAAUGUCUGGACCUUCCGUCAUAUCUAUCGUGGACAACCAAAACGUCACUUGCUUACAACAGGAUGGAGUCUAUUUGUUAGUGGAAAGAGACUUUUUGCUGGUGACUCAGUUUUAUUCAUUAGAGAUGAAAAGCAGCAGCUUCUCUUGGGCAUAAGGCGGGCUAACAGGCAACCUACCAAUCUAUCAUCAUCGGUGUUGUCUAGUGAUAGCAUGCAUAUUGGCAUCCUUGCUGCAGCUGCUCAUGCAGCAGCAAACAAUAGCCCCUUUACUGUGUUCUAUAAUCCAAGGGCUAGUCCAUCUGAAUUUGUAAUUCCUUUAGCGAAGUACUACAAAGCUGUGUACAACAAUCAAAUAUCACCUGGUAUGCGCUUUCGAAUGAUGUUUGAAACUGAAGAGUCAGGAACAAGAAGGUAUAUGGGUACAAUUACAGGAGUCAGUGAUCUUGAUCCUGUAAGAUGGAAAAACUCACAAUGGCGUAAUUUGCAGGUUGGUUGGGAUGAGUCAACUGCUGGGGAAAGACGUAAUCGAGUCUCUAUUUGGGAGAUUGAACCAGUAACAGCUCCAUUUUUCAUUUGUCCCCCUCCAUUCUUCAGAUCAAAGCGACCUAGACAACCUGGAAUUCCAGAUGAUGAAUCCUCUGACUUAGAUAAUCUAUUCAAGAGGUCAAUGCCUUGGCUUGGUGAUGAUAUAUGCAUGAAGGAAUCCCAGGCUCCAGGACUUAGCUUGGUCCAGUGGAUGAAUAUGCAGCAAAACUCUAUGCUGGCAAACUCAAUGCAGCCAAAUUUCAUGCAGUCUCUGUCUGGGUCUGUUAUGCAAAACUUUGCCGGAGCAGAUCUUUCCCGCCAAAUGGGUUUGUCAGCACCACAAAUGCCCCAGCCCAACAACUUGCAGUUCAAUACUCAGAGGCUACCGCAGCAGGUACAGCAGCUUGAUCAGCUUCCAAAAUUACCAUCCACAAUGAACCCAUUGGGAUCUAUUAUGCAGCCACAACAGCUGAGUGACAUGACUCAGCAAUCAAGGCAAAAUUUGAUUGCUCAGACUCUUCCCUCUAGUCAAGUUCAGGCUCAAGUUCUGCAGCCUCAAACCCUUGUCCAAAGUAACAAUAUCCUUCAUCAGCAACAAUCAUCUAUUCAAACACAUCAACUCCCUAGAAGUCUUCCACAAAACCUGCAGCAGCAGCAGCAGCAACAGCAACAGCAACAUCUUAUGGGCCCAAAUCAACAGCAAAAUGUAAUGCAAUGUCCGCUGCCUGAUCCAGUUAACCAGCAUUUACAAAUGCCUGACAACCAAAUUCAGUUUCAGCUGUUGCAGAAACUUCAGCAGCAACAGCAGUCACUUUUGGCACAGCAGUCAGUGCUGCAGCAGCCUGCCCAACUUGCCCAAACACAAGAACAACAAAGGCAAGUGUUAGAUGCGUCUCAGAGCUUCUCUAGGUCUGUGACAACUAGCCAAGUAUUAGAGUUGCCUCCAAUGACACCUAUUUUGCCACCUCAGUCUAAUGUUGUCUCCCAGCAGACGUCAAAACAUAACAGCCAUGCAAAUGUUCGGUUCGAUCAGCCACCUUUGCAGUCAAAGCUUCAGCAACAGCAACAUGGAAUGCUGCCUGAAAUUCCUGGUCAUGUGGGUCACUCUCCAGCCCCAACAGCGAAUCAUCUCUUCACAGCUGUUAGCAGUGUAAUGACAGGUGCUGCUGUAGCUGCACAGUCUGUGGUCACUGAUGACAAUCCAUCUUGUUCGACUUCACCAUCAACAAACUGUCCAAAUGUUCUUCAACCAAUGAUAAACAGCAGGGUCCAUAGAAGUACAGGAUUAGGGGAAGACAUGGCUCAGUCUGCUGCCACGGUCUUGAAUCCUAAUGCCUUGGAAACCAUGUCCUCUAAUGCAAAUUUAAUAAAAGAACUUCAGCAGAAGUCUGACGUCAAACCCUCGUUUAAUAUCUCCAAGAGUCAAAAUCAAGGCCUUUUUGCCCCACAAACCUACAUCAAUGGUGCUACUGCACAGGCAGAUUAUUUGGACACAUCGUCUUCUACAACUUCAGUCUGCCUUUCUCAUAAUGAUGUCAAUUUGCAGCAAAACAACUCAUUGACUUACAAUCCUCAAACAUUGUUGUUGAGAGACACAAGUCAAGAUGGGGAAGAUCAGGCAGAUCCUAGGAAUAAUAGUUCAUAUGGCCCCAAUAUGGAUGGCCAAAUUGGGAUGCCCAUGAAUUCUGACUCUUUGUUGACCAAGGGCAUGAUGGGGCUGGGGAAAGAUUUUUCAAAUAACCUCUCUUCAGGAGGAAUGCUCACUAGCUAUGAAAACCCCAAAGAUGCUCAGCAAGAGCUUUCAUCCUCAAUGGUGUCCCAGUCAUUUGGAGUUCCAGAUAUGACAUUUAACUCCAUUGAUUCCACUAUUAAUGAUAGCAGCUUUUUAAACCGGGGUGCAUGGGCCCCACCACCACAAUUUCAGAGAAUGCGAACAUAUACCAAGGUGUACAAACGCGGAGCUGUUGGGAGAUCAAUUGAUAUAACCCGUUAUUCAGGUUAUGAUGAGCUCAAACAAGAUCUGGCUCGUAGGUUUGGCAUAGAAGGGCAGCUGGAGGACCGGGGGAGAAUAGGCUGGAAACUAGUCUAUGUGGAUCAUGAGAAAGAUGUUCUACUAGUAGGAGAUGACCCUUGGGAGGAGUUUGUCAACUGUGUCCGAUGCAUCAAGAUCCUCUCUCCUCAGGAAGUCCAGCAGAUGAGUUUGGAUGGAGAUUUUGGGAACUCUGUCCUUCCUAAUCAAGCCUGUAGCAGCUCUGACAAUGGGAACACAUAAACUAGUCUAGCAACAAGCUAAUGAUUUUCAGUUGUUGUGGGCUUCUACUGUUUGUAGUAUUCUGUUCAUAGCUCUCCAAAUAUUGGUUGUUUCUUUUUCCUUUGAUAAUUUGCCAGUUUGCGGAAGGAGAAAAAGUCAAGAGAAUCAUCCUUCUGCAGUAAGAUAGCUGUGAUAAUUUUGGCAGACGUGAUGCUAGAAAAGAACAGAUAGAAGCAAAAGUGAAGGAAACUGUCAGCCGGAUAGAUCAAGCCUCUCCACUCUGAAAGUUUGGAAGAGACAGUUAGGCUUUUUGAAAAAUCCAAUUUGAUAUAUGCUUUAAACUGGCUAAUAGAUUGAUUCUGUUGUUAAAGUGAAUUUCCAGUUUAUUCUCUUUUGAAUUGGCAUUUGAUAUUUUCCUCAGGUGCACUUCUAGUCUUUUGUAGAAAGGAAAAUCAUGUAUUGUAUGUUUUAGUUUCAGAGUGUAUAAAAUUUGUAGAUUUGCUCUUCAAUUGUCAAAUGGGAAAAAGUGUGCUCUCAAUUUCA